AUGGGCGGCCGCUCCCGCCUGGCAGCCCUCGCCGCCGGGGCGUGCCUGCUGCUGCUGCUGGGCGCCCCCGCGGCCGACGAGGUGGACGAUCUGAUCGACGGCGUGGAGGCGGUGGUGGAGCGGGUGGCUGAGGCGGCGACGGACGCCUUCUCGGGGCGCUUCGCCUCCGUGGCCGACUGCGGAUGCUCGCCUCACGCCUGCGGCAGCGAGUUUGGGACGAGCGAGUGCGUGGAGGACAUCGGCGACGCCGAGUUGUGCGGCGGGUGCACGGGCCAGAAGCUUUCCCUUGCUGAAAGCUUCAUCUUGACACCACCGACGGUGGACAUCAAAAACCUGACAGCCGAUGUGAAAGAUUCAAUCUGCACAUUCCAGGGUUUGAACACUGUCUUCAAUGAACUGCAAAACAACCUGACCGCUAAUGCUUGGAGUUACGUGGCAACAACAACUGGAAUUAUGAGAAACUGGCCUGGACACGCACAUGAUCGCGGAGUUGAUGUUGAUGCAGAGGAUGCUGAUAGCAAUCUUGAAGAUUGCAAGAUUUACGACCCGCGUGUUCGACCGUGGUAUGCUGCAGCAACUAGCGGCCCCAAAGAUGUUGUUCUGGUUGUCGAUACUUCAGAGAGCAUGCUUGUGGCGGACAGCGGCGACUCCACAACACGUUGGGAUGUGGCAAAACAGGCGCUCCUCAGUUUGUUGGACACCUUCAGCAUUAGCGACUACAUCAACAUGGUUGAAUUCAACGACGAGGUCAAGAGCUUGAGUCCAGGCGGGUUGUUGCAUGCCACGUCUGACAACAUCGCUGCUCUGAAAGAGGAAGUGAAUGUCAUAGAGCCCAAGGGGGGGACUGACUUCCGUUUAGGUCUGGAAGAGGCAUUCUCCCUCUUGACCAUAGCAACGAAGAGGCGCAAAGAUAAUGAAGAACUUGUCAGCUCAGACUGCCAGAAGGUCAUUAUCUUUGUGACAGCUGGUGAGGACUGCACCUUGGACAAUGGAAAGGAGUGCGGAAAGCAGCCACCAGAAAAUGUGACCCCUGUGGAUGCUGUGCUCGAUUUCAUUGAGGAGAAGCAGCAGGCGCUGGUGGCCGCUGGAAGUCAGAGGGUGCACUUCUUUCCCUAUUCAUUUGGAGCUGAUGCAGAUGACGAAAUUCCUAAGGAAAUGGCAUGUGCAAAUGAGGGUGUCUGGGGCCGCAUACUGCCCGGCGAUGACCCUCUCUUCAAGAUGAACACCUACACAGCGUAUUUAGCCAGCCAACGAGGAAAUACCAAGCCAAUUUGGUCCAGAGUGUAUGUAGACGAGUUUGGGCUUGGCGCAGUCGUCACGGCCGCCAAAGCGAUCUACAGUCCCAAGACUUCUUUGGGAGAAGAUGGGUCUCUUGUGGGCGUGGUUGGCCACGACGUCAGGGUUGGGGACAUCGAAGCCAUUACUGAAGAUUUCAGAACCGUCAUUCUGCAAAUCGUCAGGCGUGGCAUCCAAUGCAUUGACACUGUUUUCACAGGCUGUGAAUUGCAGCUGCUCAGAGGGCAGGAAAGCGAGUGCCCCGAAAAGUUCGAGCCCGCUGACUGCUACUUUUUCUCAACUACUGGCGCCUACUACAGUGCCCCUAAGGAGCCCUUGCUGUCGUACGACGAUGCAGAGGCGUUCUGCAAGGAGAUGGGAGGCGAGCUUGCGGAUAUCAACCAACCGUUGGAGGAGGACCUUCUGGCUGGGCUUGCAUCCAAUGCUGGCUCCUGGAUCGGCCUGAAGCGUGACGAGUCCGGGACAUGGAAGUGGACAGUCACUGGGGAGGCAGUCCCUGAAGAUUCAGUGAUCUGGGUCUUCAAUAAGGACCUGGAGGACCCAGAGAAGAGUUGUGCAACCCUUGAUAGGCGGGGCGUGAGGAACAGCGUGCAUCCAGAGUCCUGCAGCUUGCUCACCCGACCAAUCUGCAAAUUCAGUGCCGAGGCAGCUCCUGACCAGUGCACUGGUGACAAUGUAAUCAGAAUCGAUGAAGACUAUGUGUACAAUGUGAGGCCGCUGUCAACGUGCAGAACAGAGGAGGAGGACCGAGUGAACGCCACUGCGAUCAGCCCCGGUGUGGAGGACUUUGCUGCGGAUGAUGUCAUAUGCCCCCUUGGGACAACUAAGAGCACAUUUGACGUUCGGUGUUGUGAUGAUUGCACUGCCUAG